UAACAUAUGAUUAUUGUUUCGAAAAACUUGGAAAUAAACAAUUAAAAAUACAAAAAAAUUUAAAAAAAAUAAUCGAUUGUGCAGGAUGUCGGAGGAAUUAAUGACAUCAUGUCGUACCUGCAUGGACGAGCAGAGCAGAUAUUACCAAAUCUAUGAUUAUGUAGAUGAGAACUAUACCAUUGUAGAAAUGUUAGAUGCUAUUGUGCCACAGAUUAAUGUCAAAGAGGAGGAUGGCGUCGAAUUUUCUUCACUUAUAUGCGAGUCGUGUGUGGACAAAUUGGUCACAAGUUUUACUUUCCAACUCUUGGCGAUAGACAGCGACAAACGACUUCGCCAAAUCAUAGAGUCUCCGGUGGAACCAGUUGAAGAGUUUGUUGUACAACAAGUGGAUGAUUUAAAGGAUGGGAUCGAGGAUGAAGCUAACGAAUUGAAAAUUGAAUUAGAAGAAUCUCAGAUAAAGGAGGACGAAACAUUAACAAACGACAAUAGCAAUAUAUAUUCCAGCAAUGACGAUGUUAGCGAACAGGAGGAGAGACAAGACAUAAAUAAUAUACCAUUUAAAAUAAUAAAAAUCAACACAAGGAAAAGGUUUACUUGCACGGACUGUGGAAAUAUAUACGAUAGAGUGGGACGUAUCGAACAGCAUUUAUACAAAAGGCAUGGAUUUAAUCCAAGUGAUAUUAAAGAUUUUAUCAAACAGGCCGAAAGCUUAGAGGAGGAAGCUCAAAAAAAUGAUUGGGAUGCAUACCUUUCGGACAAAAUUCAGAUAACCGAAACUGCUGAUGAUUCAAUUCAAACUGAUGGAAAGAAACAACCAGUAAAUCGUCAGUAUUCGUGCAAAGCCUGUGGAAAAACAUUCAAUUGCCUUUCCCGUUUGAAACGUCAUGUGCCAGUACAUUCCAUGGAUAAGCCGUAUACCUGUGAAAUAUGUCUUCGUGGUUGUUCUACAGUGAAUGCGUUCAAACGACACCAAUUGUUGCAUACUAUGGACAAUGUAGAAAAAGAUGGUCAAAAAGAGACAGCAAAUAGUUUUCAAUGUCCCUACUGUCCCAAAAGUUUCGCCACAAAAAAUUCAUUAUCUGCCCAUCGCAUAUCGCAUUCACAUAUAAAUGCCUCAUACCCUUGUGAUUUUUGCGAACGUAGGUACAUGACAAUGAGAACUUUGGGAGAGCACAUUAUAAGAAGCCAUCCUGACACCACUUAUCGUUGUGAUCAAUGUGGCAAAAAAUUUGCUCAGAAGGAACAAUUGCAAAAGCAUAUGUAUUCGCAUAGAGAAAUACAAUUAUCUUGUGACAUAUGUGAAAGAUCAUUUACUUCGGAGUUUGCUGUAAAAGAACACAUGUAUAUACACACUGGGGAAAAUCCUUACCUAUGUCCAACUUGCGGUAAAUCAUUCAAGUAUAGCAGCAGCUUACGAAAACAUAUGGAACGUCAUACUGACGAAAAGAAAUUCCAAUGUCCUCAAUGUCCGAGGACCUUUAAGUGUGCUGUAGAUGUUAAAAGACACAUAAAAACGCACCUUGGGCUUAGACCUUAUAAAUGCAACAUAUGUGGUUUCCGUUGCACCCGAUCGUCACAUUUAAAGCGUCACAAAGAGUUGCAUGAAAAAAAGAGUUUUCACAAAUGUAUUGAUUGCAAUCAUAUGUUCCCUUCUUUACAAUCAUUGCGACGCCAUAUAUGUUCUAUCACUACUGAUGAGGAAAACACUAUGCAUAUCGAAUAAAUGUCGUAGGGUUUUGUAACAGCUUUACUUUGGUAUAAGACACACAUUAAAAAAAUGUUUCAUUAAAAGAUCAUUUUAUUUUUGCAGUCACAUUACAAAAAGUGCACAAUUUCAGAAUUCAUAUUUUUCUAGGAAAGAUAGCUCGAACUCUGCGUAAUGAUUUCUUUAAAUGCUUAAUUUAAUCUAAUGGUAUUAAAGAUAUGAAUAACAUUUGAUGUAUACGUUCUUUAAUAAUAUUAUUCCAAUCUAAAGCCUGUUACAUACUAUUAUUAUGUCGGGUAUAAUAUAUGCCAAUACAAUUACCAAAUAAUUCCUAAGUAUUGUAAAUUUAUUUUACUAGCAAAAUUAUAUUUGUUUUCUUUCUACGGUAAUAAGACGUCUUUAUUGAGUAUUUCUUAAGGUUACGACAUUUUGUAUAUAUAAUCUUUCUAAAACAUGGAAACUAACUUUCACGUUCUCCUGUCGACAUAUAAUAA